AUGACCGUGUCCCAAAGCUCAUUCUCGCAACAUGCCUCCCCCUCGCGACCCCCACUCUACGUGGCCUCACCCCCCCUUGACCCGACAACCGGCCGCCCCGUCAUCCAACGCGUUCUAAUCGCCAACCGCGGAGAAAUCGCCGUACGCAUCAUCCAGACCUGUCGGAAACUCAACAUCAGCACCGUCGCCGUCUACGUUACAGAAGACUCCACAUCCCGUCACAUCCGCGAAGCAGAUACAGCCAUCUGCCUGGGCUCCCUGAAUCCCACAAGCAACGAUCCCCCCGAGCAACAACGACAAGAACAACAAGAACCAAACAAAAACAUUAGUAAUCCCUUCCUCAACAUCCCCCUCCUCAUCCGCACCGCCCUGGCAACCCAGUCCGAUGCCAUCCACCCAGGCUACGGCUACCUCAGCGAGAACGCAGCCUUCGCGACCGCCGUGCGCGACGCCGGCCUCCUCUUCCUUGGCCCAAGCACCACCGCUAUAACCUCCCUCGGGGUCAAACGCGCAGCCAAGACCUACCUUCGCGCACACGCGCCCUCUGUCCCACUGAUCCCCGGCUUCGCCGGCACUAGCCAGACCCCAGCGGACCUGAUCACCGCCGCAACGGACAUCGGCUACCCCGUGAUCCUGAAAGCGUCGGCCGGCGGCGGGGGAAAGGGGAUGCGGAUUGUUCAGGAGCCCUCACAAUUGGAAGCAGAGUUGAAGAGAGCGCAAUCGGAAGCGGAACGCGCGUUCGGGCAAAGUGACUGUAUUCUCGAGAAAUAUAUAUCGGCCGCCAAACAUGUUGAGAUCCAGAUUGUCGGGGACACGGACGGGACGGUCAUUGCCUUUGGAGAGCGGGAUUGUUCGGUGCAAAGACGGCAUCAGAAGGUCGUGGAGGAGACACCGUGUGGGUUUCUGACGGAUGAUAUGCGGCGGGAGAUGUGUGAUACGGCGGUACAAAUUGGGGAGUUGAUUGAGUAUGCCGGGGCGGGAACAGUAGAGUUUGUGGUUGAUGUGCAGACGCGCCGGUUCUACUUUCUUGAGGUCAAUGCAAGGUUGCAGGUGGAGCAUCCGAUCACGGAGGAGGUGAUGGGGUGGGAUUUGGUGGCGUUGCAGGUUUAUGUCGCGGCCGGGGGCAAGUUGAAGGAUUUGCCGGGGUUGGAGGGGGGAACUUUGAUCACCCACGCGCAAGGUCAUGCGAUUGAGUGUCGUGUUUGUGCGGAAGACCCGCAGAAUCAUUUCUUUCCGGAGCAUGGGAGGGUUCAGCUGUGGCGGCCGGCGGACGGGGUUCUCGGACCGGGACGGGAUGUGCGGUAUGAGACGGCGAUCCGGACCGGGGCCGAGGUUUCAAUUUACUUCGACUCGAUGAUCGCGAAGAUUGUUGUCUGGGCGCCGACGCGUGCGCUGGCAAUUGAGAAAAUGUGUCGCGUGUUGGCCCAGACGGCUUGUGUUGGGGUCAAGACGAAUCAGCUCUUCCUACAGCGCUGUCUGCUGAGUCCCGAGUUCCGGAAUCCGACAUAUACGACUGCUUUUAUCCCAUCAAACUUGGAGCAGUUGCUGCAGUUCCCCGAGGUGCCGCUGCAGGACUGUCUGCCCCUGAUCCCUAGUCUGGUUAUUCGGAGUUUGGCGGACCAGGGAAAUCCUCGUGCGCGGCCAUUCCAGCAUAUCCGCAGGCAGUUCCGGAACCAGCACUGCGAUCCAGUCAAUAUCCACUGUGACGUAGUCACGACCAUCACCGGUCCCCAAACUGAGACAUCGAGCAUCUGUUUCUGGGAUCCACCGGCAGCAGGACAAUCCCCCCACCUGAAAUAUGCGCGACUCUUAGCUGUGCCAGCCCCGGAGGGACCCAGCUCUGCCGCAGCCCAAUACAAUACCAUCAGUAACGCUCUCCGUCGCGGUUCCACCAAAGCUCUCACCCCGAAAGUCAUUUCUCUUGAUUCCUGGCGACCCACGGAGAACGCUUCAGACCCAUCAGGUCCAUCCACCACCUUCACCAUUGAAGUAUCCAUUGACGGGCGCGGAAUCGUUGCCCACGUCGCUAUUCCUGCACCUGGAACAGCCACAGGAAUGGUCGACCGUUCUCAAAGAAUAUACUGCCACUUCCCAUCUUUUGGGACAUACGUGGAAUUCCAGCGGGACAGUCUGCUCUCGUUUGCGGAGAGUCAUAGGAGGGAUGCAACAGCGGAAGAGGCGGGAAAACGUACGGUCACUGCGCCGAUGCCGUGUAAGAUUCUAUCUAUUGAGAAGAACAACGGAGAUCCGGUGCAGGCGGGGCAGGUAGUCAUGGUGAUUGAGAGUAUGAAGAUGGAGUUGAGUAUCUCUGUGGCGGUGGAGGGGGCUUUCCAGACGGAGUGGCGGAAGGGAGAUGCGGUGGAGGAGGGGAAGAUCUGCGUUCUAGUAGCGGCCCUUUGA